AUUUUCAUAAAAAAAUAAAAUAAAAAGUUAAUUCCAAAUGUAGGUAGUAUCUUAGGUUUCAAAAAAAUAAAAUACCGGAGUAAAAAAGAAAUGAAUACUCCGUAUAAAAGGACAAAUAUCACCCUCUCCGGGACCGGGCGGUCACAUGCGAUAAAUUCUCCCCACAUUUGUAGGAAGCCGAAAUUUCCCAUGGCUUCUUUUACCGCGUUCUGGCUAGCACUCACGCUCGUCUUCUGCAACUCCCUUUUCGCCGCCGCCGCCCACGGCGAAUCUCAGUCACUUUUGUUUCCUCUGGCCGGGGUUCGCAAGACGCGCGGGCCUUCUCCUUCUUCAACAGGGAAGACGGUGGCGGCGUUCCGGCAGUCUCUGAGGGGUUCUGAAUAUUCGGGCAAUUACAGCUCGACAUUUAAGUACACGUAUGCUCUCAUCCUUUCCCUCCCCAUAGGGACGCCGCCGCAGAACCAAAGCAUGGUUCUUGACACCGGCAGCCAGCUGUCGUGGAUUGACUGCAACCGGACGAUGCAGACUCGGACGAACGAGUCGACUCGUCGUCGCCCCAACCCUCCCCGUCCUUUUGUCCCCUCCAUGUCCUCUUCUUUCUUCCCCAUUUCUUGCAGCAAGGACAACAACACCUGCACGCCCCGAAUUCCGAGUUCCACCCUGUUCACAUCCUGCGAGGGGAAAGGCGGCCCCUGCCGCUACAGCCUUUUCUACGCGGACGGAACGCCGGGCGAGGGCAGUUUGGUCAACGAGGUUUUCUCCCUCUCCAAAUCGCAGCCCCCCAACAACCCCCUCGUCACCAUUGGGUGUGCCGAUAAUCUGAAAAACGCGGAGGGCAUUUUGGGGAUGAACCAAGACAAUCUCUCCUUCCCUUCCCAAACGGGAGAGCGCAUUUUCUCCUACUGCGUUCCGCUCCGGCGCGAUCUCGCCGGGAAAAAUCACGACGGCGCGUUCAUUCUGGGCCCCAACCUGAGCGCGUCCAAUUUCAGUUACACAUAUCUGUUGAAUUUCACGGAGUCCCAGAAGACCUUGCCCAGCCUCGAUGAAUUCGCCUACACCGUCAACAUGACCGGGAUCAGAAUCGCCGGAACUCUCCUGAAAAUCAACCCAACCGCAUUCGUCCCGGACCAUACCGGGAGCGGCCAGACGAUGAUCGACUCCGGGACGGAGUACACGUAUCUGGUCGCCGACGCGUACAACACGGUCGCGAGCGAAGUCAGCAGUCGGGUCCGGGGCAAAUUGAAGUCCGCAAAAACGACGAUCGGCGGCCUGGAGAUGUGCUUCAACGGGAGCCCGAGGGAGAUCGGACGGGUGGUCGGCAACAUGACGUUGGCAUUCGAUACCGGCGCCGAGAUCCUGAUCCCGGAGGAGAGGAUGGCGGACGAGGUCGAGAAAGGCAUAUCCUGCUUGGGGAUCGGAUCGUCGGAGAUGCUAAAUGUCGCGAGCAACAUCAUCGGAAACUUCCACCAGCAAAACCUCUGGGUGGAAUUUGACUUGACCAAAUACCGAGUGGGCUUCGGCCCAGAAAAUUGUAGCCGCGUUCUGUAGAAUUUCCUUCCAGAACCUAUCAUUUGCUAUUCGUGUUGUAUACAUAUCAAGACAGACAGGCCUAAACUAGAUUUUUCCCUACCAAUCUUGACUCAUAGACGGCAAAGGAAACGCCCACAAGUGCUCCGGCGAGGCAGUACCUGGACGAAAAAAAUAGAAAAAGCCUCAAAAUUGGAGUGAAUACAAAAUUUGAAAAAAAAUAAUAAUAAAGCUUUGAUCAAUGACUUCUCCAUCGAUCAAUCUUUCAGAUCUAUCGCCCUAAGGAGAGAGGGAGGACACCAUCGCCGAUGAAUCCAUCAGAUCUACUACAUUAGAGCUCACAUUACAGAGAUGGAAGACAUCAUCGUCCAUGAAUUCAUUAGAUCUGUUGCAUUGAAUCAGAGGGAAGGAGAGCAUCGUCUUUGAGAAUUUUCAUAGUUGGAACAUGUUGGAGGGGUGGGAACGAUGUUGGGAUCCGGCGAGGAAACUAUGUCCGAUGACAAAAUGAUGUUGCGCUCCGGCAAAGAAGUGGUGUCGAAAAAAAUGAUUCCGGAAAGAAAUACACUUAUGACCU